UUUCAUUCCUCUUUCGUGUUGUUCUACGUGACGGUGUGUUUACAAUUUUGUGAAUUUGUGUUGGAAUUUUUAACAAAAUUAAAUUAAAAAUUAAUUUAAAAUGAAAAAGGCUGGCAGGCAUCCCAUUAUAAUAAGAAAUAUACAAACUAGUAAUGGAGUUGUACAAUACAAUAUCUAUGAUUUCAUAAAAGAAAUGAAAAAUAAGCCGGUGAUAUGGAAUAGAAUGCAUAUUGAUCAUAAAAAUGGUGCUAUAUCUGAAGAAAAUUGGAAAAAAUUCACCCGUAUUUUUGUACCAUUCAUUGAGCAACUAGAUGAAGACGAACAAACCCAGAUCAUUGAUGAGCUGAAAAAUUACUGGAAUCUUUUAAGAAAAGGCAUGAUGAAGUCUAUAUUGACCGCAAAAAAAGGCCAAAGUAAUCAAUGUCAUUAUUUACAUCUCAUGGAAUUCUUUCUUAAUUCCAAAAAGAAAUAUCUUAAAGAUUUUACCACUGAGGAAGAACUACAACGACUAGCAGAAAAUGAGAUUAAAUUUAGGGCUAUGGCGGGGUUGCCGCCACCAGAAAUUGCAAAUAACAAGAGAACAAGUGAAAAUAACAAUGCCAUUAAAAACUCCAUCAGUAAAAAAGCUAAACCCUCUGGCAGUAAAAGAGCUAUAGUGGAAUGUAGUCCUGAUGAUUAUAUAGAUCUAAGUUCAAUGUGUGAAACUACCAGCCAGCAAACAACAGAUGAUGAAGUUGCAGUUCAAAAUCAUGGAAUUGUUGGAACAUUUGAUUAUCAUCAACAGCAGCAGAGUAAUAAUAUUAGAAUGCAGAGAUUUGUCGACGAAUCUGCAGCAACGGCUUCAGCUGAUUUGACAAAUAAAGCGGAUGCUGCUAAUCAAGCAUUUUUUGAGUCUAUUAAACCCACUUUACGCAAUUUAAAUGAUUCGCAAAAGUUGGAAUUUAAAAUAGAAGUAUUGAAAACAUUAAAAAAAUAUAAAAUGGUAAAAACACCAAGAAUUAUACGAACGAUUAACACAACAAAAGGAGAUGCAACAUACACAGUAUACGAUUUAAUAAAAGAAAUAAAAUGUAGACCGGCUAUUUGGCAAGUCGGACAUAUUGAUCAUGCGAUACGUUCAAUAUUUAACGAUAAUUGGCGUAGUAUUGCUGAAAUUCUAGUUCCACAAUUUCAGCAAGUGGAUGAGGAGGAACAAACAGCAAUAAUAUUAAGUUUAAAAAAUGUUUUUCAAAAGCUAAAAGAUGAUUUGUGGCUGUUUCAAAAAUAUAAACAAAACGGUGAUAAAAGAUAUCGUCUAUACAAUUUCGGUCGACAUAUGGAUUUUGUUUUACAUGAUCGUGGCUUAAAACUUGAGGAUGUUUAUAGUCAAGAGGAACUUAAUGAAAUGGAUUUGUUCGAAAGAAGAUUCAAACAAUCUUAUAUACCAGAAAGCUUAAAAACUGGUAAUUUACAGGAAGAAAUGCUUGAAAUAAUAGAACCCUCUGUUGGCUUCAUGGAAACGGAAGAAUCUCAAGCUUUCAGCAACAAUUCAUAUGAACCAAUGGUUUAUUGCAAUGGUGGAAAUGAUCUUGCAAAUGUAGCUCCCUAUGAUGGAACAUACAGAAGACAGAAACGAAAAGUAAAAGAUGCAGAUCAGGCAUUUUUUGAUUCUCUUAAACCCUGGUUACGUAAAAUGACCCCAGCUCAGAAAUGUUUAACAACUAGUAGAGGUGUUGUGGUGUUUUCAAUCUAUGAUUAUUUAAAGGAAAUUGGAAUAAGACCGGCUUUAUGGGAUAAAGAUCAUGUUAAUCGAAUAAAUCGUUUUAUGGACUGGGAUGAUGUAGUUCGCUCAGUGGUGCCCUACUUUGAUGAAUUGCCUACUAAGGAAAAUGGUGAUCCCAAAUAUCGCCCCUAUCGAUAUGCUCAUCAUAUGGAAUUCUAUUUAAACAAUCGGGGCAUAUCGUUAGCUGAAGUAGGCACUCCAGAAGAAUUUCAAGAAAAUGAUGAGAUCGGGAGAAAACAUAGCGAAAAGAGAAAGAAAUUAAAAGCUAGAAAAGAAAAGAAAAUUCUAAAAAAUAUGGUUGAUCAGGUUGAACAGGAUAAUAGCAAUAAUAUUUUGCCCGAUGUCAGCAGCUAUGAUCCUAUGUUAUUUUGUGAAACUACAACUCGAGAUUUAAAUACAACUGAACAUGUGUAUGAUUAUCCUGUUUAUGAUUCCAAUAGCUUUGAGUCUGACUACGAAGAAGAAGAUCCCGAUCAAGAUUUUUACGAUUCCAUAAAACCUUUUUUAACUAAAUUAGACAGAGCACAAAUAGUAUUUUUAUAUUUUUUCUUUAUUAAUAUAAUAAAUAAAAUAUUGCAAAUAAAUAAAAAAAAAAUGAGUAGAAUAGAUGAAAAAAGAUCUUUGGAAACCAGCCGUGGAGUAGUAGACUAUAUGACAAUCGAUUUAAUAAAACAAAUAGAAGGACACCCGGUCAUUUGGGAUAGACUGCAUCAAGAUUAUAAAAGCGGCGAAGCAAAAAGUGUAGCAUGGCAUGCAAUUGGACGCGUUUUUGUGCCAUUCUAUGAUGAUAUUGAUGAAGAUGAACAAGGAAUUAUAACCCAAUCUUUAAAAAAUCGUUGGAAUAAUUGUGUAAAGGGUUUAAUGACUGCGGUGACGCUGAAAAGAAAAAAGGAUCGACGGUUUUGUCCAUUCAAAUACACCCGUGAAAUGAAAUUCUAUUUAGAGAUGAGAGGUAUGCAAGUAUCGGAUAUCUAUGAUGCAGAGGAAAAUAUUGGAAUUGAGGAGAAACAAAUAAAAAAAGAAUACGAAGUAGAUGAUGAAGACGAAGCCGAACCCAUGGAAGAAUGUGAAGAGUCAAUCUCAUCACCCAAAAAUAAAAACAACAAAACUGCUGAUACUUCAAUAACAUACCGCUCGGCAAGAUUACGUGAAAAACAAACAGCUUUAGAGAAAAGCUCACCAGAAAAGAAAUCGAACACUCCAAAAAAUACGAAAAAAACUCAAAUUAAAACCACUCCCAUUUCUAUUAAUGGAAGUGUCUGCUAUUCCAUGGGGGAAAGUAAUACUUCAAAAGAAGAAAAUAAUGAAGAAGAUCUUCCUCAAUACGGCACACCGCAAAUAAAAAAGCAAAAAACUUCGGCAACUGUAAAUCAUUCCGUAAAUAUUUCACAAAAUAGCCAUCAACCUUUAACAUUUACAAAUGAAACGGAAGUUGCCGAUCAAGCUUUCUUUGAUUCGAUUAAACCAGCUUUGCGUAAAAUGAAUGAAAGUCAAAAAUUGGAUUUUCAAAUUGAUAUUUUACAAAUAUUGAAAACAUUUCGCAACAACUGAAGUGUAAAAAUAAUUAUAGUUGAUUUUGUAUAUUUGUAAGCAUUUAUAAUUUCUUUUAUCAAUA